ACUGCGCUCUCACCUUCCGCUCUCAACCUCCGCUCCGCUCCGUCCGACAACAAUAUCAUGAAGUUCGCAGUUCUGUGCGUGGCGUGCGUGGCGCUGGCGGCGGCGUCGGCGUCGGCGCCCGCCGAGGACGAGUACUACGACGACGACGAUUCGUCGAAGGCGAAGCGCGGCGCCGCCGACCUGUACGACGCGACCGGCUUUGGCGCCACGGGCUUCGGCGGGUGGAGCGGUGGCGCGGCGGUGGCGGCGCCGCCGCUGACGCAGACCGUGACGGUGACGAAGGCGGUGCCGGUGGUGAAGGAGGUGCCGUACCCCGUGCCGUACCCCGUGCUGCACCCCUACCCUGUGCUCAAGACCGUGGAGAAGCCGGUGCCGGUGGUGCAGCACGUGCCGUACGCCGUGCCCAAGCCGUACGCCGUCCCCGUGCCCGUCUACAAGCACAUCCACCACUACCCCAAGAUCACCGUCACCCGCUACUCCAAAAAGUGGUAGUUCCACCCCCCAACCCUCUGCAAAAAGACACUACUAUUUUUAAUACUCUCCCAAAGUGAUCGCCGCGACUAACAAACACAGUCACUCUCUAUAUUAAACCUUUUGUAAUAAAAUACCAUACGUGUGUGUGAAUGUUAUUUAAGAAGA